GAAGGAUCGCAGCCUCGGCCGCCUCAGCAACCGCCUCUCGUGCUCCUGCCGCGGAGGCCUGUGGGUAGGGAGCUCGCCGCGCGCUGCCUCGGCGGCCGCCUCCGCCAGGUGACAGUUGGCUUCCCGGCUACCGCCUCGACGCCUCCUUGCUUCUCCUCACAAGCCAGGCCGGGAAGCGAGGACGGAGAGCAGGAAGCCCCCGCUGCCCGCUCGCCCGCGGCCGCACUCCACGGCCACCGGCAACAUGGACGGCAGGGCGGCGGCGGCGGCCGAGAGCGGAGCGGGACCCGCCGGCCCGCUCAGGAGACCCACGCGCCUGGCGUCGGUGGCCGGGCCCGGGGCGGCCGCGGCCGCGGCGGCUGCAGCGACUGGGGCGGCCUCGUCGUCGAGCGCCGCCGGGUCUCGCCAGCCGAGUGUGGAGACCCUGGACAGCCCCACAGGAUCACACGUUGAGUGGUGCAAGCAACUCAUUGCUGCUACAAUUUCUAGUCAGAUUUCAGGUUCUGUGCCCUCAGACAGUGUAUCCAGAGAGUACCGGGUAUACAGGAGGCCUACUGUAAGGGAGAUUCAGGAUGGACACAAUGGCUAUCCUUCUGACGCAGAAGUUGAUCAGGUGGCACUGAGGGAUGGAAACAAGCUCGCCCAGAUGGAAGAGGCUCCACUUUUUCCUGGAGAAUCAAUUAAAGCUAUUGCUAAAGACGUCAUGUAUAUCUGCCCAUUUAUUGGAGCCAUCAGUGGUACACUAUCAGUGACAGAUUUCAAAAUGUAUUUCAAGAAUGUUGAGAGGGAUCCACAUUUUGUUCUUGAUGUGCCUCUUGGAGUGAUGGCCAGAGUUGAAAAGAUUGGAGUGCAGAGCCAUGGAGACAACUCUUGUGGAAUAGAAAUUGUUUGCAAGGAUAUGAGAAACUUGCGGCUUGCCUAUAAACAGGAAGAACAUAGACUGGAGAUUUUUCAAAACCUUAUUAACCGAGCAUUUCCUCUUUCUCAUGGGCUUCCACUCUUUGCAUUCACCUAUAAAGAGAAAUUUCCUGUUAAUGGCUGGAAAGUUUAUGAUCCAAUGGCAGAAUACAAGAGGCAGGGCUUACCCAAUGAGAGUUGGAAAAUAUCCAAAAUCAACAGCACAUAUGAAUUCUGUGACACAUACCCUGCUGUUCUUGUUGUGCCAGCUAGUGUAAAAGAUGAUGAUCUCUCCAGAGUAGCAGCAUUUCGGGCAAAAGGCAGAGUUCCAGUGUUAUCCUGGAUCCACCCUGAAAGCCAGGCCACCAUCACACGUUGCAGCCAACCUCUAGUGGGCCCAAAUGACAAGCGAUGCAAAGAAGAUGAGAAAUAUUUGCAGACGAUUAUGGAUGCCAAUGCUCAGUCCCAUAAGCUCUUCAUCUUUGAUGCUAGACAGAACAGUGUUGCAGAUACGAAUAAGACGAAAGGUGGCGGCUAUGAAAGUGAAAGUGCCUACCCAAACGUGGAGUUGGUUUUCUUGGAAAUUCCAAACAUCCAUGUAAUGAGAGAAUCACUGCGUAAACUGAAGGAAAUCGUUUACCCUACAAUUGAUGAAUCUCGAUGGCUGUCCAAUGUGGAGAGUACACACUGGCUGGAAUACAUACGGAUGCUUCUUUCAGGAGCCGUGAGAAUUGCUGACAAAAUCGAAUCUGGUAAAACAUCAGUGGUGGUGCACUGCAGUGACGGCUGGGACCGUACAGCUCAGCUGACCUCUUUAGCCAUGCUGAUGCUAGACAGCCAUUACAGAACUAUCAAAGGCUUUGAAGUCCUCAUAGAAAAGGAGUGGAUGAGUUUUGGACAUCGGUUUGCAAUGCGUGUAGGUCAUGGAGAUGAUGAUCAUGCUGAUGCUGACAGAUCACCCAUUUUCCUUCAGUUCAUAGAUUGCGUUUGGCAAAUGACAAAGCAGUUUCCAGCAGCAUUUGAAUUCAAUGAGCUGUUUCUGAUCACCAUUUUGGAUCAUCUUUAUAGCUGUCUUUUUGGCACCUUUUUAUACAACUCUGAGCAUCAGCGAAUGAAAGAGGAGAUCAGCACAAAGACAAUCUCUUUAUGGUCCUACAUUAAUAGUCAGCUUGAUGAAUUCAGCAACCCUUUCUACGUAAACUACGAAAACCAUGUCCUAUAUCCAGUUGCUAGUCUAAGCCAUUUAGAAUUAUGGGUGAACUACUAUGUACGAUGGAAUCCACGAAUGAGACCCCAGAUGCCAAUUCAUCAGAAUCUGAAAGAACUCCUUGUCAUCAGAGCCGAGCUCCAGAAGAGGGUUGAAGAGCUGCAAAGGGAAGCAGCAACACGUUCCAUUUCUUCUUCAUCAGACCGGGGAUCUUCUCCUGCAGCCACACCAGUGCAUACCUCUGUCUGAUGCAAGGCUAAAACGGAGGUACACUUCUACUAUGGGCAUGUUCUGGGCAGUGGAAUACUCCACCACCCCUGAGAGUAAUAUGUCAACAUCAACUCUUCCUGCUGUUAUGCUGAGGUAAAAAAAAGUGCUUCCUUGCGUGUAACGCUGUAGAUGGUGGUUGCCAGGGUGUGUUUUUUUGUAAUGUGUCUUUUUGAUGUCUCUAAUUGAAUUGGCAAUUAGAAAGUUAAUUUUUAUCUUAAGCAACCUGCAACAGACUGCUCAGUAACUGGGAAUUCAUCUAUCAGGUAAAUGCUGCAGUGAGAAUUUCCAUGGAACUGCCAAGCCCACAGUGAGCCAAAACAUACCCAGAGACCAUGCUUCCUAAAAGGGGAACCCCUCUGGUUUCCUUGGUACUUAUUACGUUUUUUAGGGGGGGACCACAACAAAUACUAUAUUUCUUGGGACAGUUGUAGAUGAUCUGAUGCACUUUGAAAUGGAUUUAAUUUUUUAAUUAUAGCCAGUUGUAUAUUUUGAAUAAAUAUGCCAUUAAAGGAUGAGCAGGAUUUGCCAACUGUGA